AUGAGCGCUUCAACAAGGAAAAAGGACGCCAUUAGGCGUAAAUUGGUAAUAGUCGGGGAUGGUGCUUGUGGCAAAACAUCUCUGCUGAAUGUGUUUACAUUGGGAUAUUUUCCAAAGGACUAUGUGCCAACUGUAUUUGAUAACCUCGUCACAGACAUCAAAAUUGAUGGUAGACUGGUUCAACUAGCUUUAUGGGAUACAGCAGGUCAAGAAGACUACGAGCGUUUGAGACCCCUUUCCUACUCUAAAGCACAUGUCAUUCUCAUCGGGUUUGCUGUCAAUGCUCCUGACUCAUUCGAGAGCGUAACUGCCAAGUGGAUUGGAGAAGUAAAUAGUCUAUGUCCGGAUAUUCCAGUAAUUCUCGUUGGUCUAAAAAAGGAUUUGAGAGAAAAUCCCGAGUCAAAAAGACUUAUGGAGGAGAGUAAUAUAUCAUUUGUAGAUUCAAUACAGGGAGAGGCGGUGGCACAGCAGAUUGGUGCGCGCAAGUAUAUUGAAUGCUCAGCUCUCAGCGGCGAGAAUGUAAAUGAUGUCUUUGAAGCAGCAACCAGAGCAGCGUUGUUGAGCUCAGCAGAAAUUAAACCUCCUUGCUGUGACUGUGUCGUGCUGUAG